AAUAUUCAAAUCAUUCAAUUCAUUUCAUCCAUUCAUGUAAACAGUUUUGUAAACUUAAUUUUUUAUUAAAAUUUGCGAUAUUUGGCCACAUUUUCAUUCAAAAUGUCGUUUAAAAUCGUAUCUAGAAGUUUUCAAACACUGAGUUAUGUUGGUACUUAUAAGAAACUCAGAAACCGACAUUUAAAACUUUACUGUGCAGCCAUAAUAGGCACAGGAUAUGCAGCAUACAGCCAACAUAAGAAUAACAAAGCAGAUAUGAAAGAGGCAAUUCAACUGAAGAAGUAUAUGGCUGAGCCGAUCACUCCGGUGGAUCAGCUGACCAAGAACCAGGCGGAUAUGAAGGCUCAGAUGGAACUCCUUAUUAUGAGGAUUCAGGCCGAGUUCUGCCGAGCGCUAGAGGCAGAGGAGGACAAGGAGUGGGAAGAUGAGAAGACAAUUGAUGAUUUAGAUUUUGACAAUGAUGUUUACAUUAAAACCCCGGAGGCAAAGUUCAAAGUGGACCGCUGGACGCGAGCGGAGGGCGGCGGUGGCAUAACCUGCGUGCUGCAAGAUGGCCGCGUGUUCGAGAAGGCGGGAGUCAACAUAUCCGUGGUGUCGGGGACCUUGCCGCCCGCCGCGGUGCAGCAGAUGAGGUCUAGAGGCAGAACCCUCCAAGACGGUGCGUUGCCGUUCUUCGCGUGCGGCGUGAGCGCCGUCAUCCACCCGCGGAACCCCAUGGUGCCCACCAUACACUUCAACUACAGAUACUUCGAGGUCACAGACAAAGAUGGAGUGCAAUGGUGGUUCGGCGGCGGCACCGACCUCACGCCUUACUACUUGAAUGAAGAAGACGCGGUCCUGUUCCACACAGCCUUGAAGAACGCUUGCGAUAAACAUGACAAAUCAUAUUAUGCUAAGUUCAAAAAGUGGUGCGACGACUACUUCCACAUCCCGCACCGCGGCGAGCGGCGCGGUGUCGGCGGCAUAUUCUUCGACGACGUAGACUACCCCAGCCAGAAGAAGGCCUUCGACUUCGUCACCAGCUGUGCUGAGGCCGUCAUACCGAGUUAUUUGCCUAUUGUGAAAAAGCGUAAGGAUGCAGCGUACGGAUACCACGAGCGACAGUGGCAGCUCUUGCGUCGCGGACGCUACGUGGAGUUCAACCUGAUCUACGACAGAGGCACCAAGUUUGGUCUACACACGCCGCAGGCCAGAUACGAAUCCAUUCUGAUGUCGCUGCCGCUCAAUGCUAAAUGGGAAUACAUGCACGUGCCAAAGCCAGGCUCGGAGGAAGAUAAACUGACCCAAGUACUGAAAGAACCUCGUGAUUGGCUGAACAUUGAUAAACAAAAGAGGAUGAAGGCGUAAUCAUUAUCAUGAACUAGUUAGUACUUACUUAAUACCAUAUUAAUAUGGGCUGUUGGUUGUUUCUUAAGAUGUAAUUAUGUUAAAGCUGUUAAGAUAGGUUUUUUGUAAAAAUUAAAUUAUAUUUUACAAGAA